AUGGAGCCUUUAUGUGAGUUUUGUGGGGUGGUGAGGGCAGUGGUGUAUUGCAAAGCGGAUUCAGCGAAGCUAUGCCUACAUUGCGACGGUUGUGUGCACUCUGCCAAUGGCUUGUCGCGGCGGCACCAGCGAUCAUUAAUUUGCGACAAAUGUAAUUCGCAGCCGGCGAUGGUGAGAUGUAUGGACGACGACAUUUGCAUAUGUGAGGCCUGUGAUUGGGGCGGAAAUGGGUGUUCCGGGCAGGCCCACCGGCGCAAGGUGUUGAGUGCCUACACCGGCUGUCCUUCUCCGGCUGACUUCACCAGGAUGUGGUCUUCGGUUCUUGAAGUUCCGAAUAAAAAUGGUAAUUCAAAUUUAGCUCCCUGCUCGGUUGACUUGAAUAAAGGCAAUGGUGAUCAACAAGGAUUUUCAGCUGGGCUAGUUGCCAGCAGGCUCAACGAGUUGGCUUCGUGUCUCAAGUUCGAUCCCUGCAGGAUAAAUCCCUCUCUUAUGAUCCCGCCGCAUCAUCCGUUGACGCCAUUUGGAAGAGAUCACGCCGGCGAAUCUAGUCUGCUAAAUAAUAAGGGAUGUGGCAAUGCUAAGAAUAAUCUGGAGCUUCCUGAAGGUGAUGGCAUUUGCCAGGGCGUGGACGCCGUUGACGUUUCACUGAAUUUGAAUGACUACGAGAUGUUCAACGGUCUGCAACAAGGUCAGCCAAGAUACAACGUUAACGGCGAAGAUGUAGGAAUGGGUUGCCUGACCACAAUGGAGAAGAACUCCGGCACUGAAUCCAGCAGCCAUGUUACUUCGUCUUCAGGACGGCAAGAGUGCAUUGGUUUAGAGUGGUUACCUAUAGGAAGUUCAAUUAAUUUGGUACCUGCGAUGAACUGCAUGCUUAUGAAUCCUCCUCCUAGCACCACCUGCAAAAAAAACAAUGGCUUAGGACUCCCAACAGGACAGCAGCAAGCAGCUCAUUCGCUAUCCAACAUCACUACCGGCGAUAGUAGCGUUGCAGAUUAUCAAGAUUGCGGAUUGUCGCCGGCUCUUCUCAACCGCGGCGGCGACUUCCAAGUCAGCUGUAGUCCACAGGCAAGGGACAAAGCCAAGAUGAGAUACCACGAGAAGAAGAAAACAAGAACGUUUGAGAAGCAAAUAAGAUAUGCAUCUCGUAAAUCCAGAGCUGAUACUAGAAGACGGGUAAAAGGUAGAUUUGUUAAAGCUGGCGAAGAGUAUGAUUAUGAUCCGCUAAUCACCAAGAAGGCAUGA